AUGAAAUUAAAAGCUUAUCUCAAUAAACACGAUUCCAAUAUAUCGCUUAGACAGUACUCUCGUACGUAUGCUUAUGAUCAUUGGACAUCGAAUGGAGUGGUUCAUGACAACGAUACAUUACCUACCAUUUCAACAUUAACCAAUCAUAGAGAGGAUGCCAUUGGAAUAGCUUUGACACAUAUUGAAAAUUGGGUACAGUCUUGUUUAGAGGAAUGGAUCAACCGUUCAUUAAUGUCAGAAAAAGGAUACGAGUGUUUUGAAAAUUUACAAUCUUUUUACGAAGAUUAUCAACAAGCAGCUUUGAAUUUUUAUUAUUCAAAUAAUAAAUCUACAGAUCCAAUUGGUUAUAGUCGAUUUAUUCUAACAUCAUUGACAAUAAUUUGUUUGAUGCAUAAAAGAUUAUGUGAAGACAAGAGAUUCGAACGAUUGAAAUUACAUGCUAUUCGAAUCCCACAUAUUUUGGAUCUAUUUGAACUUUUAAUAUUACCUAAUCGAGAUGAUAUGAUUCGAGCUCGAAAUUUGUAUGAUUAUUUUCGAGAAUUCAAUGACAAACGAUAUCCCGAUCUGAUAAGUAAUAUAGAAUCGACAAAUGCUUUUGGUGUUUAUUUUGUUGAUCAAUCACAGAAAAUGAAUGAAACUCUACAGAAAAUUCAAGAUCAAGUUGAACAAGACAGAAAAGAUAAAAUAAAAGAAGUGAACAACUCAUGA